AUGAAAGUAUACACGGAUCAGCAGGCAUCCACCUCUCAAGCCACCAUCGACACCUCGAAGGGCCAUCAUCGACGAGCUUCCUCACUAUGGGUACCCCCGUCAAGGCCUAUAUUCUCGAGCCCGACGCAAGUCAUUCGCGAGAAGGCGGAGACGGGUGGACGGAUACUGAAGCGGCAUCGGUGGACACGAUGGCUGUUCGGCAACGAUCCAGUUUUGCCGGCUUAUCGAGUUGUCACCCCGAACAACCAGGCCGAACCGCCACCGAGGUACGAGCAUCCGAAUCGACGACAUGCGGAUAAUAGAAUCAGUACUACGAAAUACAGUAUACUGACGUUCCUACCUAAGAAUUUACUAGAACAGCUACAUCGGGCAGCCAAUUUAUAUUUCAUUUUUAUUGUUGUGUUGAAUAUGAUAAUUGGAGCGUUUGGGAAAUACAUCUCAUUGAUGCCAAUCUCUUUCGUCCUCGGAGUCACAGCUAUAAAAGACGCUUUCGAGGAUUAUCGCCGAUACAAAUCCGAUCAAAAAGUCAAUCAUUCCACCUGCCGUGUUUGGGACUCGAGUCAGGGAAGGUAUCGCAAGUUAGAAUGGAAACAUAUCCUCGUUGGCGAUUUCGUGCAUCUUUCUCACGAUGAGAUCAUUCCGGCAGAUAUGCUGCUGCUGAGAAGCAGCGAUGCUAACGGU